AUGUCUGGUCAACCGCCGGCCACCACCCGAUUCUCCGACAACUACGAUCUCAAGGAGGAGCUCGGAAAGGGCGCCUUCUCGGUGGUGCGACGAUGCGUGCAGAAGACGACGCAGCUGGAGUUUGCCGCCAAGAUUAUCAACACUAAAAAGCUUUCCUCUCGAGACUUUCAGAAGCUCGAACGCGAGGCCCGUAUCUGUCGGAAGCUGAACCACCCUAACAUUGUACGCCUGCACGACAGCAUCCAGGAGGAGGGCUACCACUACCUGAUCUUUGACCUGGUCACCGGGGGCGAGCUCUUCGAGGACAUUGUCGCUCGGGAGUACUACUCCGAGGCUGACGCCAGUCACUGCAUCCAGCAGAUUCUCGAGUCGGUCAAUCACUGUCACAUGAACAAUGUCGUCCACAGAGAUCUCAAGCCGGAGAACCUGCUUCUGGCGAGCAAGGCGAAGGGUGCGGCGGUGAAGCUGGCGGACUUUGGCCUGGCCAUCGAGGUGCAGGGCGACCAGCAGGCGUGGUACGGCUUUGCGGGCACCCCGGGCUACCUCAGUCCGGAGGUGCUGAAGAAGGACCCCUACGGGAAGCCGGUGGACAUCUGGGCCUGCGGCGUCAUCCUCUACAUUCUCCUCGUCGGAUACCCGCCCUUCUGGGACGAGGACCAGCACCGCCUCUACGCCCAGAUCAAGGCCGGCGCCUAUGAUUACCCUUCGCCCGAGUGGGACACGGUGACGCCCGAGGCGAAGAACCUGAUCAACUCGAUGCUGACGGUGAACCCGGCGAAGCGCAUCACCGCGGCGGAGGCGCUGAAGCACCCGUGGAUCUGCCAGCGAGAACGCGUCGCCUCCACCCUGCACCGCCAGGAGACAGUGGACUGCCUUAAGAAGUUCAAUGCUCGCCGGAAGCUGAAAGGCGCCAUCCUCACCACCAUGCUCGCCACACGGAACUUCUCCAGUCGGUCGAUUGUGAACAAGAAGGGCGACGGCUCGCAGGUGAAGGAGUCCACCGACUCCUCCAACACCACACUCGAGGACGAGGAUACCAAAG